CUGGCAGGGGAGGGGAGAGUAGAGUGGAGGCCAUCAGUGUCACACCAGGUGAGUAUGUGGAUGUACGCCAAGAACAAAGUGAAAGACACCUGAGAGGGAGAUGACCGAGAGGUUCGCCUACAGUCUGACCUGAGCACUUAAGUCAACAGCUUAAGUAAAAGUUGCCCCGAGAGUUUGUGAAACGUUUCUUUCAACCAUGGUGGCUACUUGGCAUUUUGCACUUCUUCUCUCUGUGCUGCUGAUGGUGUCCAGAGGCCUGGCCAAUGAGGUGACACCGGAUCAUGGCGUUGAUACCUCAAUCUCAGAACCGGCUGCUGGGAAUGAGACACAGUCACAACACAACACAACUGGAGACAGUGGCCAUGCAGGCGGUCAUGGCGGGGAGCCCAUCACCACCCUGCCUAUUGUGACAUGGAAGUGGCACCAUGUCUCCACUCCCUACCUGGUGGCCCUGUGGAUUCUGGUCUCUUGGCUCUGCAAACUUGUCAUCGAGGCGAACCACCAUGUGACCAACGUGAUCCCAGAGAGCGCCCUGCUCAUCUGCUUUGGCUUCAUCCUCGGCGGGAUGGUCUGGGGCGCAGACAAGGUGCAGACCUUCACACUGACCCCGACGGUGUUCUUCUUUUACCUGUUGCCUCAAAUCAUCCUCGACGCGGGCUACUUCAUGCCGAACAAGCUCUUCUUCGGCAACAUGGGGGCCAUAUUGAUCUACGCCAUCAUCGGGACUUGCUGGAAUGCUGCCAGCCUCGGGCUGUCGCUGUGGGGGUGUCACAAGGGAGGAGCUAUGGGCGACCUGGACAUCGGCCUGCUGCAGUAUCUUCUUUUCGGCAGUCUGAUGGCUGCUGUGGACCCCGUAGCCGUCAUCGCCGUGUUUGAGCAAGUCCACGUCAAUGAGGUCCUCUUCAUCCUGGUGUUUGGAGAGUCGCUGCUCAACGACGGCGUGACAGUGGUGCUCUUCAAUGUAUUCGAUGCAUUUGUGUCACUGGGAGGAUCCCAAAUCGACGCUGUGGAGAUCAUUAAAGGAAUAAUUUCAUUCUUCGUGGUGGCGUUUGGCGGUUCCCUCUUGGGCUUUGUGUUCGGUCUGUUGGUCUCUCUUCUGACCAGAUGCACCAAAAACAUCCAGAUCAUUGAGCCAGGCUUCAUCUUUGUUUUGGGAUACCUCGCCUACCUGACCGCUGAGAUGCUCUCCCUGUCUGCUAUCCUCUCGAUCGUCUUCUGUGGUGUGUGCUGCCAGAAGUACAUCAACGCAAACAUGGACGAGAAGUCCGUCAGCACAGUCAGAUACACCAUGAAGGUCCUCGCCAACGGAUCAGAAACCAUGAUCUUUGUCUUCCUCGGCAUCUCAGCCAUUGACAAGACAAUCUGGGUGUGGAACACAGGCUUCAUCCUCCUCACGCUCCUCUUCAUCAUGGUCUAUAGAUUCAUUGGUGUCUUUUUCCUCACCUGGAUCCUGAACAGGUACAGGCUGGUCCCCAUUGGGUUCAUAGAUCAGGUGAUUAUGAGCUACGGUGGCCUGCGAGGGGCUGUUGCGUAUGGGCUGGCUGUGAUGCUGGAUGAGAACAAGAUAAAGGAGAAGAAUCUGAUGAUCAGCACCACGCUCAUCGUCGUGUACUUCACUGUCAUUUUCCAGGGAAUAACGAUGAAACCUCUGGUCACGUGGCUUAAAGUGAAGAGAGCUGCAGUGACUGAGCUCACACUCAUAGAAAAAGUGCAGAACAAGGUUUUUGAUCACGUUCUCGUUGCCAUAGAAGACAUAUCUGGACAAAUAGGACAUAACUACAUGAGGGACAAGUGGAAUUAUUUCGAGGAGAAGUGGAUGUCUUGGGCUUUGAUGAAGCCGUCGGUGAGGAAGAGCCGCGACCACGUCUUCAGCGUCUUCCACCAGCUGAACCUCAAGGACGCUAUGAGCUAUGUGGCUGAGGGCGAACGCAGAGGAUCCCUGGAGUUUAUCCGCAAUGAAUCUGCGUUCAUUGACUUCAAGAAAAAGUUUGGUGACGAAUUCUCAGAGGCCAUGCCCGACAUCAUGGCCAACAUGUCAGAUGAUCAUGGUGCAGCGUCCGAUAGGAGGAGAGACCCUGUGCCGUCAGUGAGCUUGGAAAUGCACGAGCAGACCAUGAAGGGAAUGAGAGAGACUGAAGACAUUAACACUCACCACCUGCUGCAGCAGCAUCUGUACAAAGGCAGGAAACAGCACCGGCACAGGUACAGCCGGAGCCACUUCGACGUCAACAAAGACGAAAAUGAGGUGCAGGAGAUCUUCCAGAGGACCAUGAGGAGUCGUUUGGAGUCCUUUAAGUCUGCAAAGAUGGGCGUCGCUCCACCAAAGACAAUCAGCAAGUACUCAAAGAAAGACCAGCAGCAAAAGAUGCCAAAUGGGAAAUCACUGGACAGAAGUAAAAGCUAUUAUUCUGGUGAUGAAGAUUUUGAGUUCUCAGAGGGAGACAGCGCCUCUGGCUACGACGCCUCAGGCAGCACGUUCCCCAUGAGGGUCACCUACAGAGCAGGAGCUGGGAUUGAGAACCCGGCCUUCAUGCCAGACAUGGACCCCAUGACCCCGAUCCAGAUCCCCCCGUGGCUCAUGGAGGCCGAGCUCGACAGCGGCAUGGUCGCUCCCUCGCAGCGAGCCCAGGUGAGGCUGCCGUGGACGCCCAGCAACCUGCGUCGCCUGGCCCCGUUCCGUGCCAGCGCUCAGUCCAACGACUCCUUCAUGCUGGCCGACGCUCCCGCCACGCAGCAGAGGGACGACGAGGAGCUGCCGCCACCUCCAUCUCCACCACCACCUCCCUCUAACAGAGACGGUGGUUACAUGUAGCAGCAUCCCAGCAGCAUUCUUUAACUCCAUCUCCCUUUAACCUGGCUGCCAGAGACACAGAACCUAACCUCAGACUUUGCACCUUCUACUCUCAAAACUAGGGAAUGUUUUCUUUUCCGUGCCAUUGCUUAAUCGCAGUUUUGCAUUUUCAGACAAAACAUUCACAAUCCCAUAACCUUUGUGCUCUUGAGACAGCUCCUCCUGUUGCUCUAACGUCAUCCUUCACUGAGCAAAGAAAGCUGCAGGUAAAGCGAGAGGUCAUGACUGCAUGUGAUGAACAACGUCACAUUUUCUCCUCUGGUUCACACUAAACCUUUCUAACAUUGUAAAUCAGAGAGUAUUCAUUACUCCUGAAUGUGAUGGAAAAAUCUUUUGCAAGCAGUGUGGAUAUUUAUAGAUCGUGUCGUUUAUAAAGAUAAUAAAUUUUAAAAAUCUGUCUUUAAUUAGACUGAUGUGAAAUCAGUUCCACCUUUGAUAACCUGAAUAUAAGUUGUGUGUUUUCUCCUGUGUCUCAGAACAGUACAUGAGGUUGAAUAUUAAACUUGAAGAAAAAUACCGCUAUAAAAAAAAUGUGACCUGUAAGAUAAAGACAUUAUAUUUAUUCACAAAUGUUUGUAAUGUAAGGACAUGUCCUACAUGUCUCAGAUCUGUGCACAUUAUAUGAAUCUCCAUUACAGAACACUUUGACUGGCUGGGCAUGGUUUUGAACUAUAUGCAUUUGAAAAUGUGGAUUUAGAAAUAAAAAUGUGAAAAUGUGA